AUGGAAGGAUACCAAGACACACUGAUGGUCCACUCACAACGCCAAUUUUACCGUGAGUGUUACAUCUACGGAACCGUUGAUUUCAUCUUCGGAAAUGCAGCGGUCGUUUUACAAAACUGUCUCAUCCUCCCUCGCCAGCCACUCAAAUAUCAAGAUAAUGUAAUAACCGCACAAGGUCGUGCGGAUCCUUUUCAAAACACAGGGAUCUCUAUCCACAACUCAAUGAUCCUACCAGCUCAUGAUCUAAAACCGGUGGUCGGUAGCGUUACGACGUACAUUGGCCGGCCUUGGAUGAAGUACUUGCGCACAAUGGUUCAUAAGACGUAUUUGGAUAGUGUUGUGAGUCCAGUUGGGUGGUCUCCGCGGAAUCAAGGUUCCACGUACGGUCUUGACACUCUGUUCUAUGCAGAGUAUAAGAAUAUCUGUUAG